CGUCGCAACAUUGCUAGCCCCCUCCAACGGCCGGCAUGUAGCAGUCACACCGACAUGGCGUGCUCAACUCCAUACACUUACAUACAGUGCCCAUGCUCGGGCUACUCCGACGCCGAGCGGGGCGACUCGCCCGACGGCUUGAACGAGGAUGAGGACGAGCGCACCUUCGACCCCCGCGACCCGCGCUCCAACUACAGCCUAUACCCGCUCGAGUACCUCCUGUUCUGCGAAGAUUGCCAACAGAUUCGCUGCCCGCGAUGCGUCACCGAGGAGACAGUCACGUACUAUUGUCCGAGCUGCCUCUUUGAGGUCCCGAGCAGCAACCUUCGCAGCGAGGGGAAUCGGUGCACCAGAAGCUGCUACCAAUGCCCAAUAUGCGUUGGGCCCCUUCAAGUCGGCGCGGUCCAGCCUGGACAGGACACAAAUGCAGCGUCUACGGAAGGGCAAAGCGGCGCCUCGGCCACCGGCCCGCUAGCUCUCUUCUGCCAGUACUGCAACUGGACCUCGAAAGAGACGGGUAUUGAGUUUGACCGACCGGGAGGCAUACACUCGCAGCUCGCCAAGAUGAAUAACGGCGGGACGCCAAAGCUCACAACAAAGGACGUCAAGGAGCGGCGCAAGGAUAACCCCGACGAGCCUCUAGUUCCCGACGAUCAAGUCGAUGGCGACUUUCAAUUUGCCAGCCUCAAAGCCUUUUACGCCGACCAGCUUACGGAAUCAAACACCUCAUUGAGCGGCUUGCCUCUGCACGACGGCGUCGGCUUCUCCUCUCCGGCGGCAUUGACGCGCAUCAUGUCGCUCUAUACGGGUCGCGGUCACGGCGGACGGCUGCAAAAGGGCCAUGCUGAUGUCAUGCGCGAAGCGCUCAACUCGGAAGAAGGCAUUAAACUCGCGAAGCUAGAGGAGUCACACUUGAUCAAGAAACUCAUCAACGGAGGCUGGGAAGCCACCACGGCGCGCGAGCAGCGAGACGCGCAAGUCGAUCCGGCAGUUCGGUUUCAAGACGAUCUCAGACCGACACCGUAUCUCCUCCGCACGAAGCGCUCGAAGCGUUGCCCCGUUUGCCGACACAUCAUAUCAAAACCUGAGAACAAGGUCACCUCUACUCGGUUCAAGAUCCGCCUCGUGGCCAAAUCAUAUAUUCCCAAUCUUACCAUUCGCCCCAUGCGACCAACCGCCGGAGUAAUACCCGUCACUUCCCGGCCAGGUGUUGCGGAGGAGCUACCCCUCAAACCGCUGAAGCCCCAUCAAUACAUCCUGACAUUCAAGAACCCUCUAUUCGAGAGCAUCAAGGUCACACUUGCCACGCCACACGUGACGCCCGGUCGCUUCGCCAGUAAGGUGACGAUUCUGUGCCCUCAAUUUGAGGUCGAUGCCAAUACGGAUAUGUGGGACGAUGCACUCAAGGAGGACGGAAAGGAUAGAGGCCGCAGGGGCGACGAUGCCGCAGGCGGCGAGGCAGGCAAGAUAUGGGAGAAAGGCCGCAACUGGGUGAGCAUCGUGCUCGAAGUGAUCCCAGCCUCAUUGCGGCCCGAGAACCGGAUCAUCGGCGCCAAGGAUGCCAACGUGGACAAGGGCCCGCUCAGGGAAGACGAGGAUAUUCUCGAGAUACCCAUGUUUGUGCGAAUAGAGUGGGAGGCGGACGCACAAAAUGAGGUGGGCGCUGGACAGAAGGAAAAGGAGUCACGAGAAAAGCGGGAGCUCGCUUAUUGGUGCGUCCUCGGCGUUGGACGUAUCAGUCACGAAUGAGGAAGGCAUAGGCAUCUAGAUACCCCGAAUAGAUGAUAAUGAUGACGCGAUGAUGAUGAG